GAUAACGGAGAGUCGGGAGAGUGCUUGGACCUGCGACUAACAGCGGUUAAGGGGACUACUGAAUAAAGGAGGCGGUGGCCGUGGAUGGCCAGACUGCAGCUGAGAUUGCUUCUGCUCUUCCUUCUGGCCCGGCCCCCAACCUGCCUAGGCCCAGACUAUCACUAUUUCGGAGAGCAAGGCUCCGGGGAUUCUUGGGAGAGAGAAUUGGAACCAGAAGAAUUGCCACUGGGCCCCUGGGGCCCGUGGACCUGCCAGUGUCUCCUGGGAGUUCAAGAGCGGAGUCGGGAUGUGGUAGGGGCAUCUGCAGGGCCUGUGUUCCUGGACAAGGACAGCCUCGUGCAGCGCCAGCCCUGCAGUCACAACAACUGUCCUAGCUGCUCACCAGGCCAGUGUGAUUGGAGGACCUGAGGACACACAGUGAGCAAAUACCUGAACCCAGAGAAGGAGAAAGGAAGAUAGAAAACUCAAGGAGGCUUGAGGCCUUGUAUGUGUACCUUACCAUCCCAGUUGGGUUUUGGCUCCUGAAAUUCUAGGACUCGCGACUAGGUGGCGUUCUUGUCUAUGAACUACAACUCCCAGAAAGCUACGAGGGCGAACUGCAACUUCAGGAUUGGCUUGGAAGUUUCCGGGGGCGGGGAGCCCGCCUAGACCCGCGCGCUUGCAGGAUCUCCCGGCCAGUGUCCGAGACUUGUUGGUUUGCUGCGGGCAUGGAUCUAGGGGACUUUGAGCGGGACAACACUGGCAGCUGCCGUCUGAGCUCGCCAGUGCCGGAGCUGUGCCGCACCAAGGACUGCUGCCUGGGCAUCGAUGAGGCCGGCCGGGGGCCUGUUCUGGGCCCCAUGGUCUACGGCAUCUGCUUUUGCCCCUUGUCCAAAUUGGGGGACCUGGAGGCCUUGAAGGUAGCAGACUCGAAGACCCUAUCGGAGGCGGAGAGGGAGAGACUCUUCAGGAAGCUGGAUCAGGCCCGGGACUUUGUGGGCUGGGCCUUGGACAUUCUGUCCCCAAACCUCAUCUCUACCAGCAUGCAGAGGCGGGCCAAGUAUAACCUGAACUCCCUUUCUCACGACACUGCCAUGGCCUUGGUACAGCUGGCUCUGGACGAGGGUGUGAGGGUCACUCAGGUGUUUGUGGACACAGUGGGGCCAGCUGACAAGUACCAGCAAAAACUUCAGGAGAGGUUUCCAGAUGUCAAGGUGACUGUUCGACCCAAGGCUGACUCCCUCUUCCCUGUGGUCAGCGCUGCCAGCAUUUGUGCCAAGGUUGCUCGGGACCAUGUCGUGAAGAGAUGGAAGUUUCUGGAAGACCUUGGAGACCUGAAAAUGGAUUAUGGGUCUGGCUAUCCUAAUGACCCCAAGACCAAGGAAUGGCUGAACCAGUGCUUGGACCCUGUCUUUGGCUUUCCCCAGUUCGUCCGCUUUAGCUGGAGCACUGCUCAGAUCAUCUUGGAUGGACGUGCUGUGCCCGUGCGCUGGGAAGACUCAGAGGAAGAGUCAGGAGGUCCACCAGCUGCUGGCAAGGGUUCUGGCACCCCCUCCCUUCUGUCGUAUUUUGCCCGUGCACAAGCUCCCACAGAACGACAGUCUCACCGGUUCUUCCACGAGAGGGGGUUGGAGACAGUUGCUGACCUAUAGAAAUUGUUGAGGAAGUUGGUGGAGGGCAGUGGCAGGGUCUGGCAGAGAUGGGAAGGACUGUUGCUUUGCGUCUCUCUACUCCCCUUCCUGUUAAUUCGUAAUAAAAUCUCAGGAAUAGCA